AUGACAAGUAACAAUGUGGAUGUGGCACUAGCGCCUAAUUCCAGCGUUAUCUUGGAACCGGGAGAUUCUCUAUCGUUUCAUUUACAGCCACAGACGGCACCGCAAGCAGUACUAACGAUCCGAAAUGUAGCAGACGAUCGACAAAUUGCUUUUAAGGUGAAAACGACACGGCCGUUACGAUAUUUGGUACGACCGAAUCAAGGACUAUUAGGUCCGAAUGGAUCAGCGUCGAUCAUGGUGAUUUUACAGCAAAAAGACUGUGAUGAGUUGCUACGUCUUGAACCAGCGGAACGUCAAUUGGCAAACGAUAAGUUUUUGGUACAAAGCAUUUAUGUGGAAGACAGUUUCUAUGACCUUGUGAAGACGAAAUCAACUAAGGAAAUGGCAGAUGAAUUGACAAAUAUGUGGGCACGAACGGACAAGCGGGCGUUGUCGAAUAAGAAGUUACGCUGUCAUUUUGUGCAGGAUCAGGAGGAUAUGGAACGUCCAGUGUCGCCACUAAAUCGGCAGCAAACGACGUCGGACGAUGUUUUAUCUGCAAAGACAUUGACUAUGUCUGAUGCUAGGUACCAAUCUAGACCCCGUGAUGAAGAGGGUACUGAAGAAAUGGCUACGACAGCUGCACAAUUGUCGUCUGCAUUAUUGCAAGAGGACAAACCACAUGUGGUAAAAGUGGCAGAAAACAGGGAAGGAAGUAAGGAAGUGGGUCAGGAAGUGACAUUACGUAAGAAAUACGACGAGUUGGUGGCAUUUACAGUACAGCUAACGGCGCAGCGCGAAGUGUUGAUAAGUGAUCUGGACAAGACGCGGCAGCUGCUGCAAAAAGCUAGCAUGGACGCGCAGCGUGUGAAGAAGCUCUCGGAGGAGUCGUCAACGUUACGUCAUCGGAAAAACGGUGGGGCCAAUGGCGUGUCUGGCAGUGACGACUCGCAUGGGGUCAUGGGAAAGGGUCCGAAAGAGCAGGGGGGAUUUGGACUUUUGCAUCUGGUAGUGUGCGCGAUCCUUUUCUUUUUAAUUGGGCGUUAUUGCUAG